UAACAGACACUGCAUGUGACCGGCAAAAUAGGAAAACCUGUGUAACAACUGCAAAGGCAGUUCAUAGUCGGCAUCUAUGUUUAAAAAUUGAAGGGUAAGAAAUGUAAGACAACACUUCCUCCACUGAUUUAAAAACUGAGUGACUAAAAAUAAGCCCUGGUAGAUAAUUCAGUAUUGGCAUUAACCAACUUUCAGUGUAAUCAUAUUGCAACUCAUGAUACAAUCAUAUUGUGUUUUUUAUAUAUAAUUACAGUGGAACAAAGCUGAUUGUAAUAAAUAUCAAUUCAAUCAUUUCCUAUAUGUCAAAGCAUGUAUUUGUUAUAUUAUGAUUGUCAUUGAAAUGCCCUGUUCGUGAUGGAUGUAAACUUCUGUUAUUAACUGAAACACAGGUUGUGCCAUAAAAGGAAGAAUUGUUCCACAGGAUGCAUAAUUGAGCUAAAUGCCUCUGAUUUGAACAGUCCUGUGUUAAAUCCUUCCACUUACAGUGUGUGAGUGAGCUGAGCAUUUUAUUCAUGGCAGGAUUUUUCCUGACCCAUACCCUGAAACAUAAACGUUUCAAAUAUAUAUAUUUGAAACGUUUAUGUUUCAAAUAUAUAUAUUUGCGCGUAAGGCAAGUUUAAAGAUGUAUUCCUCUUAAAAAAAAAAAAAAAAAAAAAAAAAAAAAACGUUUAUCUUGAAAAACACAUAAUCUCAUAACAUGACAUACGAUCAGGCUAAAAGCACAAAAACUGCACUUAAAAAAGGUUCAGGUGCAAAACAGGCAAGGGGAUGUACUCCUACUUUCACUUGCAAAACAAUGAUUUGUUUAUCCUGCUGGAUGGAACUCUUGAUUAUGAGGUUUCUGAGGCAGGGAUAGGUAGACUGAAAAAACAAAUAUUAUAAUAGUCAAACUAUUUCUAAACACAGCUGCAUUUCUUCAGGAAAAAAUAAAUAUGUAAGCAUACUCUGUGCUGAACAGUUAUAUAUCUGAACAGGCAAAGUCAGUAAGUUGCUUAAAAAGACAUUGACGUAAUGUGUGGGCUUCUAACAGCGUUGCACCAAAAUUGUUGGAAUUUGUAACUAUGCUCUUUAACCCAGAUAGAAGUACAGUCAGAAGCACAUGACUAUGAUAAGCUAGAAACCUGUUAAUGACCAAUGACAUCCAGUCAAUGAAUCUUGUGUUUGAAGCGCUUUACAGUCACACUGUAAUGUAUGUUCAAUAAAUAAAUAAUGUAGACCUAUUUUUAAAUUCAUUAUGUUUUAAUCCACUAUUCUAUAAAAUCUAAAAAUCCUCCUGGUAUGGAUCUCCCACAGAUCUAGCUGACUGGGUUUGCCCUGCUCUCUGCUCUUGAUGAGGUUUAUUAAGUCCAGUUUUACUGACCAGUACAUUAUUGGGUAUUUUACUACCAGGAUACAUCUAAUUUAUGUAGCGCAGUUUGUAAAUUGUUGUUCAUAGUUGCAUUUUUCUCAGACAGGCCAACCUAAAACAAAAGAUGGCAAAAAUCUCAAAUUCAAAAUUUUGUAUAUUAGUCAAAAAUGAUACUAACACAAGCUGUGUGACUGCUUCAUAAAGAAGGGAAUACACAGCCAUAUACAAACACAAAUAUUAAACCCCUGAGUUACCAGCAGGGGAUCUAUUGUGUGGCCGUAAUGCAGGCUCAGUGGGUGUGAACUCCGGCCAUGUGCUCUGUUCAACACAAGAGGGAUAAUCUCAGAAGCUGACCAGGCAGCAAAUAAACUCUGUGGGUGCUGCUCUGAAGUCCGUCGCUCUGCUGUUGCUAUUACCCGAAUGACACAGGCCACCGGUGAGCUGGGCACCUUAUUGUCAAGUCAGUCAGCAAAUCAACCACAACCUUGCUUCAACAUUAAACCGGCCACCUGACAGACGACAAGAAGCUGAACAAGGCGGAGAGCGAGUACUCAGUGGAGGGACACUCUGGAUAAUUUGACAUGUGCACCCGCGACUGGGGAGAUGAACUGCAACUUAACACAUUUGAGAGAAAAAAGAAGAAAGGAACCUGAGGUAAAGGGGACCAAGAAAGAAAUAAUGUAAAGCAAGAAGAAAAAAAUAGGAAAGACGGAACACACCAGUGAGUAGGAAACUGUAUGGGGGAGGAGAGUGGAAAAAAACCUUAGGGAGAGAGAAAGAGCGUGUGUGACGUGUUUCUGUGUGUCAGGUGUAUGCAUCACUGCUGGUAACCAAGCGGGGACGGCCCUAAUCUCAUGGGGCUGUUGUAGGGAGGCGACUUAAUCAGCAACGAAUACAACCAGAGAAAAAAAACACACUCGGUCAUACUCCGGCACGGUCUCAAGCUCAGAGAGUGCAGCUUCCUGGGUCUCUCACUGCCAAAGACAACAACGAAACAAAUGUGAUAAGUUUAGCAUGAACAGAUAACAAAAGCUACUCCUGACGCUGUUCCUGUUUUUGUUGAUGAUGUUUCCAAUGGAUAUAACUCUGCCAGACCCUGGAUGGAUUGAAAUAACACAUUUGGAGUAGCAGUUUGAUCAACAAUGAUCAGAACAGGCGCUGAUGUCUAAUGUUUUAUCUCUUCAUCAUAAGUACUACAAAGUGAACUGCCUCAGAGGAGUUUUAUCUGUGGUGGUGCUGAUUGGAUAAGUUGAAGUGGGGCUAUUAUGCACCAGCUUGAGGGGACAAAAUGCAGCUUCUUGUUGUGCCUGGGGAUGAGUAUUAUUAUUUGUUCAGUAAUUUAUUUGAGGGCUAGGAUAACAACAACAGAGCCAGCAGAGCCCAAGCCCCUAGAGCCAUCAAGUUGCAGACCCUUUUCCACUGAAUGUAAAAGUUUUCUACCUGGCACUGAUGAAGGAGUAGAAUGGUACCACCGUGACUGCCAGGUGGAAAGCUAUAUUCUCAAUAGUCAUCUGCAGUGUCCCGAUUUGACCCAAAACCUACACUUCAUCACAAGACCUCUGAGCCCUGAGGAGGAAGAAUACCCUUUAGCAUUCAUUGUGACCGUUCACAAAGAGCUGGAGCUUUUUGUGCGAUUGCUGCGGGCCAUUUACAUGCCGCAAAAUGUCUACUGUAUUCAUGUGGAUGCUAAGGCUCCAUGGGAGUACCAGAUGGCCGUACAGAAGCUAGUAAGCUGCUUCCAAAACGCCUUCCUCUCCAGCCAAAGCGAGACAGUGACCUACGCUGGCUUUUCCCGCCUGAAAGCAGAUUUGAACUGCAUGAAGGAUCUCGCAAAGUCCAAGAUAGGCUGGAGGAAGGUGGUGAAUCUGUGUGGACAGGAUUUCCCUGUCAAGAGCAACCUGGAACUGGUGCAGUACAUGCAGAGCAAAGAGUGGAGGGACAGAAACAUGACACCUGGGGUCAAGCAGCCGGUGUCCAUGAGGUACAGGACACGGCUCCAGCACAAGGAGAUCAUGGGGUCACAUGUAGCUCGGAAAGGGUUGGGGCUGAAGAAAGGUCCUCCUCCACACAAUCUGCAAGUGUAUUUUGGAACAGCUUACUAUGCUCUCACUAGGGCCUUUGUAGACUUUGUUCUGAAAAGCCCCAUAGCCCACGACCUCUUGGAGUGGUCCAAGGACACAUUCAGUCCAGACGAGCACUACUGGGUGACACUCAACCAUGUCAAAGAAGCUCCAGGCAGCCACAUAGAUGGAGGUUGGGCUGGAGACAUUCGGGCAAUCAAGUGGAGGGAUCAAGAAGGAAGGACACACAGUGGCUGCAAAGGGCAUUAUGUACGAGACAUCUGUAUCUAUGGAUUUGAAGACCUGCCUUGGAUCAUUAACAGGAACAGCAUGUUUGCCAAUAAGUUUGAGAGAAACACCUUUCCCGAGGCCCUGGACUGUCUGGAGCAGUGGCACAGACACAAGGUGCUGAGUCAGGCAACUGUUCCCAUAGACCCAUCAUGGCUGCUAGCUAUACAGAGCAACUCAAGCAGCAGCAGCUACUUUAACAGCAGUGCUGAAGCAUGAAAUCGCUGUUGAUAUCUUUAACAAAAGUCGGGCUACAUGCAGUUCAUACUAUUUGCACUUGUUCAGUGACUCUGAAUGUCAAAGAUGUGAGCAGGAAAAAACUGAACUGAGAACAAAGGGAUGAUGCACUGUACACUUCCAGCGUCUGUAGCACGACUACUGUUCACAGAUAUAUUUGUCUAUUUAUUUUUUGAUAAUCAUGAGAGUGUAUAAUGCCAGUGUAUUGCCAGAGGAUUAAAAAAAAUAACUUUACAGUAAAGCAAUGCAGUUUAAGCAAAAGUGCAGUGACAACUUUGAGACAACUAGACUACACAUAGUAUUGAAUAAACUACUGAUUAUACAUUUAAUAUUGUUUCAUUUGAUUUAAUAUUGAAUAUUGUUUAAUUUAAUAUUGUUGAGUAUGUUGUCCAGUUUGAAACACACUUGUUAAUAAAAUUAUUGUCAGUUCAUCUUUUUUUUUAAUGAAGGAGUUGCAGGUGUAAACAACUAAACAAAUAAAGACCUCUCUUCCCUCUUUAAAAGACA